GUCAUUUGGAGGUACGUGACAGCCUGUGGCUACGUAUCCCCAUCUCAUCGGCCUCCGUCUCCGUCCCUCUCUCGGCUGCGCCACCUGUAAACCCUAAACCUCAGUCCCAGCACCACACUACUCACCAUUUCUCUCUACCGCACGAAACUCAUUCAUGGACUUGUGGCCGGCCAUGAAUUCCAUGUGACGUUCGCUCAAUUUCUCUGUCCGAUUCUGAAACCCUUAAACUCUCGUGAGCUUCAAAACCAUUUCCCAAGAUGACGCUACACUCGAUCGUCAUCCAGAAGCUCCUGAGCACGAACGCCCACCUGGGCCGCCGCGUCGCCACCCACCACUUCAAGCUCUUCACCUACGGCAGCCGCAACGGCAUGACCAUCAUCGACUCGGACAAGACCCUCAUCUGCCUCCGCAACGCCUGCGACUUCAUCGCCUCCCUCAUCCGCCAGAAGGGCCGCUUCAUGUUCAUCAACACCAACCCGCUCUUCGACGAGAUCGUCGAGCAGAUGACGCGGAGGAUUGGCUGCUACUCCCCCAGCAGCAACGCCCUGUGGCGGACCGGCGGGUUCCUCACCAACAGCUGCAGCCCCAAGAGGUUCAGGUCGCGGAACAAGAAGAUCUGCUUCGGGCCGCCGCAGCCGCCGGACUGCCUCGUGGUGAUGGACACCGAGCGGAAGUCGUCCGCAAUCCAGGAGGCCGAGAAGCUGCAGAUCCCGGUGGUGGCGCUGGUGGACUCGAGUAUGCCGUGGGAGUGUUUCAAGAAGAUCACGUACCCGAUUCCGGCGAACGACUCGGUGCAGUUUGUGUACCUCUUCUGUAAUAUGAUCACCAAGACUUUCCUGCUAGAGCAGAAGAAGCUCGCUGCUGUGAAGGACCGGUUUGGUAUCGCCUCUGCGUCUGCGUCUGCCUCUAUCCCAAGGAGUCAAGCUCGGGAGGAGGUGCCACGCAUUGAGGAGAGCAAGAGCGAGAGUGAUAGUGGGACUGAGUUUGCAAAGAUUCAAGUGCCUAUAAUUCCCUAUGAAAGAUUAGCUCCUUUUCCUGAAGAUGUUGCUGAAACUAAGAAGAUUUUGGACAAACUUGUUGUCCUGAAGUUAAAUGGAGCUUUGGGAACAAAAAUUGGAUUUGAUGGUCCCAAAUCUACUAUCGAAAUCAGCAAUGGAAUGACAAUUCUGGGCUUGACAGCUACUCAGAUAGAGCAUCUCAACUCAAAGUACGGAUGCAAUGUGCCCCUGGUUCUAAUGAAUUCAUCAAGAACACAUGAUGCUACCCUUGAGGUUUGGGGUAAAUAUUCCCAGUCAAACAUUGAUUUUCAUGCUUUUGAGCUGAACCAAGACUCACAACUGAAAUCAUCUGGGGAGCAGAGCAGCAACAAUGAAUUGGCAUAUGCUAACCAGGGUGCUGUAAUCGUAUCUUUGAUGAGAAGUGGAACCCUUGAUGUGUUACUGUCACAGGGUAAGGAGUAUAUCCUUGUGGUGGACUCAGAUAACACCGGGGCAAUCAUUGACCCAAUGAUACUAAACCACCUAAUUCAGAACAAAGUUGAAUGUUGUAUGGAGGUAAGGCCCACUGCAUCCAUCGAUGUUAAUGGGAACUUUGUAAAUUUUGAAGAGAGAAAGUUCCAGCUCAGAGAAAUUGCUCAGAAGCCUUCUGAAAGAUUCUCAGAGAAGUUCAAAUUGGUUGAUACAAAAAACAUGUGGAUCAAUCUGAACGCCAUCCAAAGACUUGUGGAUACGGAUGCACUGAAAUGGGAAGUAGAUGCUGGUUCAUCUCUAAUGCGAGAAACAGCGACUAGUUCAAUAAUACGAUUUUUUGAGCAUGCAAUUGGUAUUUCCAUCCCUUCAUCCCAUUACUUUCCACUGAAUGCAACUUCAGAUCUACUUCUUCUCCAGUCAGAUCUAUAUGCCGCAUCUAAUGGAGUUCUAAUUAGAAAUGCUGCCAGAACUAAUCCCAAAGAUCCUUCUAUCGAGUUAGGACCUGAAUUUGAUAAGUUGGGUAAUUUCGCGAGCCGCUUUGAGUCUAUUCCCAGUGUAGUUGAGUUGGAUAGCUUGAAAGUCACUGGUGAUGUGUGGUUUGGAAAUGGCAUUAAGCUCAAGGGGAAUGUCAGCAUUGUUGCAAAACCUGGGACGAGGAUUGAAAUUCCUGAUGGAGUAGUACUUGAUAACAAGCUCAUAAAUGGCCCCGAGGAUGUAUGAGAAGAUGAUUUCAAGGAAUGUAAGAGCACAACAUUUUCAUUUAAAGUGUGUUAUUCUUAGAUAGUUUUGUUCCUGGUUCUGUUUUCACUUUAAAUUUAUAUCUACAUACUGUGAAACAAAGAAAUAAAAUGCCAAGCAACAAGCCGAAAGAGGGCUAUUUACGUGCCA